AAAAAUAUACAAUACGCAAAAAGUACAAGAAACAAAAAAACAUCGUUACUCUUGCUUCUAGUUCGACGUUCAUCAACUCAACAACGGAGAAAGGAGGUUAGGCAGCUGGGAGAAAAGUGAACGUACGGUCAGGGGAAAAAGAAAGUCAUCUGCCACGCAGCGGCAACAGUAAAUUGACGUCGAACGGUUUGCUCGCCAGCUUGGGUCGUUCGGGAAGGUCACAAUCUUCCGGUGGACCACUUCGCAGCGCGUCAUGGACAGCGGUAAACGGUAAAAUGUACUGAAAAUCGGCUUCUGUAGUUCAUAGAAUCGAUAGCAUCACAAAUAAGACUGUCCCCAAGCAGGAAAAAUCGUCAUACUGCGUAUUAGCAACUACACCACUGCUGAUGUUAGUAGUGCUGUUCUGGUAGGGAAAAACGACAGCAAUUCGCCGCAAGUUUGCUCAAAGCCCAACAAUCGAGACGAUGGCUCUGCUUCCACCGGAUCCCGUUUACUGCCUGAAGUCGCCGGAUCUCAGCUCAUUUCACUCACUGUGCUUCCACACUUCCGAACGGCUGCAUGCCGGUACAACCAAGGGAACCGUUCAGCUGUGGGAUUUGCAGAGCAACCGCACCCACUACCAGCUCUCCGUUGGCACCAGUCCCAUCAUCAACGUUGCGCACACCGAAGAUGCCUUGAUUACUCAGGAAAAGGAGGGCUACAUCAAACUGUGGGAGCUCACCAACUCGGCGUACGUCCUGCGGCACGAAGUCAGCACCAACCACGUAGGUUUUUGUCGCUUCGUGUACCACAGUACGGCGCAGCGUAACCUUGCCAGCACGACACCAGCUGUGAUAAUCCCGAAGGCGGGAUCGAGCAUUUCCAUUCUGUGCGGGCGUACUUUUUCCGAGCGCCAGCAGUUAACCGUACCUGAAGGGGGUGCCAUACCUCCGCUAGGUACGGUGAUGUGUUUUAUGCCAAUCGAAAUCGCAGGAUGUAGUUACUUACUGGCUGGAUACGAAUCCGGUACGAUUAUUCUCUGGGACCUGAAUAUGUCGAAACCCAUCAGCCAUCUGCAGUUCGAAGCCGGAGAGUGUCUGAUGGCACUGGACUACGAUCCGGUUACAAACCGGGGUGUCUGUGGUGGGUCCUCCGAUAAGCUCACCGUCUUUUCGCUGGAUCGUCAAACACUGGAAAUUCGGCAAAAAUCUGUUAUAGCAAUCAAGAACGCCGGUGUACAUCGCGUGAGAAUUCGCAAAGACUUGAAAGUGUUUGCUAGUGCCGGUUGGGACGGAAGAUUGCGGAUUUUCUCCUGGAAAAGCCUGCGUCCGCUAGCCGUCCUCACAGAGCACAAAGGCGAACUGAUGGACAUUAUCUACUCGGACGAGAAGGUGUCCAUGUGGAAGGCAGUCAUCAUGGCGGCGGCCGGUUCGGAUGGACAGAUCUCGCUCUGGGAUUUGUAUAAUUGACGCUCUGGACCGAAGGAGAGGACACCUCAUGGUAAUGAACAAAAAAAACUAGUUACUUGCUGCUUUUUUAUUACACGUUCCGAACUAAAUGUUUACACGUUACUCAGUUUCUGUCGAUAGCUACUUUGAGUAAACUGACGGACUGGCUACUUUAUUUAUUAAAUUAUGGCUUAUGUACAGUUUACAAUAUUAAUACUUUACAAACAAAGAUGAAUCUACACUGUUGACUGCGUGGAACUUCUUCGCGUUAGUUUGAUUGUUAGUGGAGCGAACGUUCUUCUAGAGUACACACGAUUCGCUUACACACGUUUAAUAGCUUUUAAUUUGAACAAUUACUGAUCAACGGCAAAUCUACGACUAGACCAAUAUAAUAAACGUAUGAUUAUUUUUCUACAUGUUUACA